CUUAUCCGAUGCCCUCAUCCGACGGCGAGCGAUUCCUCCUCCUCCAACACAGAGUCCUUACCCGAGGGUGAUUUUCCUUGCGCCGACAAGCCUGCUGUAAUUCUCUUUAAUAUCUUGAUAUCUAUCCUCUUGGGAAGCCUUCCUUUGUUCCCUUUCACUCCUUCUACAUUCACAUCCCCGGACCAGGACAAGUCUUGCUAACACCUUGAAAUUACCUUUCCAUAUCCUUGCCACUUUCCGCCUACCAUAAACAUCUACCAACCAUGGCGAACGCUCGGGGUCUGAAGCAGAUCCUCUCCAAAAAUCCUUCCGACGUUGUCAUUCUCUCAUCGCUGCGCACGCCCGUAACGAGAGCAGUCAAGGGCGGCUUCCGAGACGCAUUCGACCAUGAACUCCUGAGCCACGUGCUGAGAGCGACCCUCGCUGCGAACCCGAACCUAGACCCCGCGAAGAUUGACGAGGUGGCAGUAGGCGUGGUCCUGGCUGAGUUGGGAGGAUCAAAAGCUGCGAGAAUGGCGCAACAGCACGCCGGAUACUCUGAAACAACCCCUUUGCACACGGUCAAUCGGGCCUGCAGUUCUGGUCUACAGGCUGUCACCAACAUUGCGCACAGCAUUACGGUCGGACAGAUCGAUGUCGGUGUGGGGGCUGGAAUGGAAAGCAUGACCAAGAAUUACGGCAGCAGGGCUAUUCCUACUAUGCUUUGGGACGAACUGAAGAACAGUUCGCAUGAUAAUACGAAAGACUGUAUUAUGCCCAUGGGUCUGACGAGCGAGAACGUUGCAAAGAGGUACGGAGUGAGCAGGGAAGACCAAGAUGCUUUCGCUGCAGCAUCGCACCAAAAAGCCUCCAAGGCCCAGAAGACUGGUCUGUUUGAUUCGGAAAUUGUCCCAGUCAAGGUCAAGCAGGUGGAACCGGAGCACCCAGAAGUCUUCAAGGAGGUAGUGGUGGACAAGGAUGACGGCAUCAGACACGAUAUCAGUGUCGAGAAGAUGGCUAAGUUGAAGCCCGCCUUCGCACAAGACGGUACAUCAACGGCAGGGAACUCUUCUCAAGUCUCAGAUGGAGCCGCAGCGACGUUGUUGAUGCGACGGUCUACCGCGAACGAGUUGGGCCUGACCAAGUCCAUCAUCGGCAAGUGGGCUGGCACUCAAGUGGCAGGUUGCCGACCCGACGAGAUGGGUAUUGGGCCAGCAAUUGCGAUCCCCAGACUCCUCGACUACACCGGCCUCAAGACCGAGGAUGUGAAUCUCUGGGAACUCAAUGAGGCAUUCGCCAGCCAAGCACUGUACUGUAUACGCAAACUGGGACUGGAUAUGGAGAAAGUCAACCCCAGAGGCGGUGCCAUUGCCCUGGGCCAUCCUCUUGGAAUGACAGGUACCAGACAGCUUGCGACUUUGAUGCCCCAGCUGAAUGAGGGCCAGGUGGGUGUAGUAAGUAUGUGCAUCGGGACAGGUAUGGGUAUGGCCGGUCUCUUCGUGAGAGAAUAGGACGCUCGGCGUCCCUUUCAUCCCUUUCAGUAGUCUCAAAAUGUUCUUUUUUUUCAACAGGGCUAGAGUACUUGGAAUCUGUGGGAGACAAGGCAAUGGCGGGGAUAUAAAUAUAUAGAUAUGUAUAUAUGUAUAUAAACUAUAUUCAGA